UUCUGGUUUCCUUACAGGAGACCAGCCUUAAGCAUGGCUGUAAAGGGGCGGCGUCCGACUGACUAAUAGAGUGGAGCUGGUGCGUAAGAGGCUCUACUUUUACGCAUCAGUCGUGUGCGUCAACAGGAGUUCCACAGCGAUGUUGCACUUGAAUUUUAAAACGAAAGUGUCAUACUUACCGUGACAUCAUUCGGGAUUUUUUUAAAUCAGAAAAAGAGCCUCACAGCGCGUGCAGCAGGUGGUUCCAGGAAAGCUUCGCCAUGGGAACGCAUGGAUGGAGCUCUGCGCGCUUUGGGUUCGUAAUUUGUGGAUAUUUGGCGUUUUUCUGCGAGUUGUUCCCGGGGACAGAGGCGGGCUGCAGGGAGAGGGUGAGCCUAAAGUGCUGCAGCGGCCGAAACAAUGAAUGUUAUGAGUACAGCUGGAGGAAAACGGUGUGUUACUGUGACACCUACUGUCAGAAGACCGGCGACUGCUGCGAGGACUACCGGCGCGUGUGCCAAAUAUCUGUAGCCAUUGACUGUGUGGUGGGUUCCUGGGGUCCGUGGUCCUCAUGCACGUCCAAGUGUGGAGUUGGCAGCACAGAGAGGAGUCGACAAGUCUCUGUCCCCCCCAGGAACGGAGGCGCGCCAUGUCCUGACCUCAGACAGAGAAGAGGUUGCUAUGGAAAUGCUGCUGUGUGCAGCGCUGCCAAAGAGGUGGCAAAGAUCCUGCCUGAUUCUUUCAAGAGGAACUUCAAGGACCCUUGGAGACGACCACAUAUGAUGAUCAAGGAGGAGAAGGCCAGUUACUGCGUCUAUCUGCGCGUGAAACAGGCGGCUUCAGCCUGUAAGCUGAAGCAGUGGAGCGCUCAGCUGGUGAGAGAAAGGCGGAUCUGCGCCGAGUGUCAGAGCGAUGCCAUGUCCAAGUCUGACCGCUGUGAAGGUGACGGCCUGCAAAACAUUAGGACGUUCUGGACAGCAGCUUCAGCUCCAGGUUGUCAAGGCUCUUGGGUGCGGGAAUCGUCCUCCAGUCACUGCCGGUGUCCUCCUUACUCUGUCCUCUUCAUCUGAGCGGGACAUCCGGAUCCAAAGACACCCUUCUCCUCGGGCCUGCUCCGGCCAAGCCUGAUCCAGACCCUCCAAUCCACAAUAUUGGGUGGUUCACUCAAGGAUAUCAGCUGCAUCCUGCCACUUUUACUCCUCAAACCUGUGUGCUGUCUGCCAAGGGCUUAGCACAGACCUUUCUGCAUUCAUUUUUAUAUUUUACAGCCACGUUAUUUACAUUUCUCCCCCCGAAGCGCAGCGCAGUCUGUCUUUUUACCUCUGAAACUUUCUAUCUACCUCCACCAUUGCUAAUGUAUCUACUAAAUGUAUAAAUACACACCAUAUUUGAUUGUUUAUGUAUAUUUGUCGAUGUAGCUACUUAUAACCAAAAGUAAAACAGCAGCUUGAGCCCAAAUGCAUUGGGGUUUUUCUACGUUUGUCUGAUAUUUUAUUACAUUUACAAAUAAUUGAAAUAAAUACUACUGGGAUUGUCAGUUUAGUAUAUUUGAUGCUCCUCUUUUGAAUGGCUGCACCUUCUGUUUAGAUCUGAGUGUGUUUGAGAGGAAAAGGAGCCAUAUAAGAGAACUCCAGCGAGGUUUUCUCUGUCCUCCUCUGCGUCUUUGACGAAAAAUAAAGCUCCAGGACUGUUUUGUCUCACAGCCUGUCCUAUACUUUUAUCAGCAGAGCAUUCUCCUGAAUAAAUACUGCGUACAGCCAAGUCACGCCUCGCUAUUAAUCACUUGAAGCCACCUCCCGACGGCUCAAACAGCGUUUUCCUCUUCUCGUGUUUUCUCUCCUGACUUGGUGUUUUCUUUGAAAGCAGCAGCACAGCUGGUUUCAAAGAAAAGAGCAGGUGUAGUGUCAGAAACGAAAGUUUUCUCCCAGAAAACUGUUAUUUUGCCUUUUUUCUUUUUCCUCCACGCGUUUUGUGUGUUUAUUUAUUUUUUAAGCAAGCUUUGAAUUUAUUGGUGCUUUACAGUAUAUUCUUUACACUGUCCAUUUAUGCAAAUAAACACCUCGACUGUCAUGUUCUGUACUGUCGUUUCCAUGUUUAUAUUUCCUAAAAAUAUUAAUAAAUGUGGGUACAGUGACGACGAAUA